AUUUGGGCAGUGAAAUUGAUCGGACUGCCAUCCAACGAGGUUUGAUAGCGGAAGGUUGAAGAAGGUGCCAACUUUGGAGAUCAAGUAGAGCGUUUCAGGUCACGAAAUGGCAAGAGAUAGUUGCUUGGCUCGUGUGACUGCCGGUGUCGCCGUUGGCGGUGCUGUCGGUGGGGCUGUCGGUGCUGUUUAUGGAACUUAUGAGGCCAUUAGACAUAAGGUGCCGGGACUCCUGAAAAUUAGGUACAUUGGGCAAACUACAGUUGGAAGUGCUGCAAUUUUCGGUCUCUUCUUGGGAGCAGGAAGCUUGAUACAUUGCGGAAAAUCAUACUGACCGAGCUCUGUUAAUCUAUUUUGCUAAUAAUUGUCAAAGGUUGUCCGGAAUUUCUCUUCGAGGGUUAAUAUUCGCUUCUUUUUUGGGGAUAUUAGUUUCCUUGUUGGCGAGACAAUGCCCCUGUUACUUUCUGUGUUUGCCUCUUGUU